AUGAGCACAGGAACAUAUGAUCAUGAAUGGUGUUCUAAAACACUAGGCGAGUUGAUGAAGUGGCCUUUAACAACAAAGUUUAGAGCUCCAGUCGAUCCAAUUAAAGAUGGCGCCCCUAAUUAUUUGGAAAUUGUUAAAAAUCCAAUUGAUUUAUCUACAAUCAAGAAAAAACUUCAUUCGAAUGAAUAUAAAACAGCAAAGGACUUUGUUGAUGAUGUUAAACUAAUAUACGAAAAUGCUAAAUUAUUUAAUGGGGAGAAUUCGAUGAUUACAUUCAUGGCAUGCGAUAUUGCUACAUUGACACAAAAACAAUACGAACAGAAACCAAAUUCUCAUGAUGAAGAACUAAAAAUAAAACUAGAAACUGCAGUAACUCAAUUAAAUGAACAUUUGGCAAAUAGACCGCCAGAACUUAAUCGAUCGGGACAUUCUACAGAAAAUAUACCGCAUGAUGAUGAUCAAAAUAAAAUAAAUGAUGAUGAAGAUCAAAAUCAACAAAAUGAUGAAGCUGCAACCGAAUCAAUGGAAACUGCAGAUGAAAGUCAGCACGCUGAAGAUAGUGAAUAA